AUGGCGGAGGAGUACAAUGAGGCGUUGUUGGAGAAGCACAAGUACCACGAGGGAUGUCCGGGAUGUAAAGUGGAGCAGAUGAAGCAACUCCGGAGAGGAUAUCCUUACCUCGAGCUUUCCCUCGUUUGGAUCAUCGUCCUCUCCACUUGUAACACCUCUUUCCCUUUAUCUGAUUCUCUAAACACAUUCUCAUUUCACUUUCAUGUCUUUGCAGCUCUGCCGAUUUCCUCACUGUACCCCUUCCUCUAUCAUAUGAUUGGGGAUUUUGGUGUUGCUGAGACGGAGAAAGACAUUGGCUUUUACGCUGGCUUUGUGGGGUGCUCGUUUAUGCUUGGCAGAGCACUGACAUCAGUGUUCUGGGGAGUUGUGGCUGAUCGGUAUGGAAGAAAACCGAUUAUACUCUUGGGAACGAUCACAAUUGCCAUUUUCAAUACUCUUUUUGGCUUAAGCUCAAGCUUUUGGAUGGCAAUUGGCACGAGGUUUCUUCUUGGGAGUUUCAACUGUUUGCUUGGAACAAUGAAGGCCUAUGCAUCAGAGAUAGUUCGCGAUGAAUAUCAAGCUACAGCAAUGUCAGCUGUAAGUACUGCUUGGGGCAUUGGACUGAUCAUUGGCCCUGCUCUAGGGGGCUUUUUAGCACAGCCGGCAGACAAAUAUCCAAAUGUGUUCUCCAAAGGAUCCAUUUUUGGAAGGUUCCGGUACGCCUUGCCUUGCUUUAUCAUAUCAGCUUUUGCAUUGCUUGUGACAGUACUAUGCUGCUUCAUACCGGAAACACUGCACAAUCAUAAAUUGGACAACGCAUCACAUAAUGAUUCAGACGAAAUGGUUGAAGUUGCAUCACGUGAAUCCACUGCUCUCUAUAAGAAUUGGCCCCUUAUGUCUUCUAUCUUUGUGUACUGUGUUCUGUGUCUACAUGAUACUGCAUACUCAGAGAUAUUUUCACUAUGGGCUAACAGUCCAAGGAAAUAUGGAGGUCUGAGCUAUUCAACCAAUGACGUCGGCACAGUUCUUGCUAUCUCAGGUCUCGGCCUAUUCUCCUUCCAGGUUUUUGUUUAUCCUUGGGCCGAGAGACUGCUAGGACCUGUGCUGGUCACCCGUUUUGCUGGGGCCCUGAUGAUACCAAUACAGAUGAGUUAUCCAUUCAUAGCAAAUUUAUCAGGUCUCAGCCUAAGCCUAAUGUUGAACUGUGCAUCAAUCCUCCUAAAUGUGCUAAGUGUGUCUGCCAUAACGGGCUUGUUAAUCCUGCAAAAUAAAGCUGUGGAUCAGAGCCAAAGAGGUGCGGCUAAUGGAAUUGCCAUGACUGCGAUGUCUCUCUUUAAGACCGUUGGACCAGCUGCCGCUGGCAUCUUAUUUUCUUGGAGCGAGAGACGACUAGACGCUGCAUUUCUACCAGGAUCGCAUAUGGUGUUCUUCGUCCUGAAUGUGAUAGUCUUGGUCAGUGUAGCUCUCACGUUCAAGCCUUUUCUAACCACGGCUCGAAGAGGCAAGCUUGGUGAGGUCGUAGAGGAAGCUAUUGGGUGGAUGUUUUGCUCUGUGGCUACUUCAUCGAUGGUGAACUGAAAUAAAGACAAGAUUAAGAUUAAGAUGGGGGUGAAGAAUAAAGAGGUGAUCAGACUGGAGAGAGAAGCUGUGAUCCCAAUUCUAAAGCACAAGCUCACCACUGCCUUGUCCCUUCACUUUGCGGAGAAAUGGGAGAGAGAGGAGUUCCUGAGAUUCUGCAAGAGAGUGGAAUCCACCAUUAGAGCUUGGUACCACCUUCACUUUGAGGAUCUUAUGCAACUGUAUUCACUCUUUGAGCCCAUCCGUGGCGCUCACAGGCUUCAGCAACAGAAUUUAUCUCCUGAGGGAAUCGAUGCUCUUGAACACCAGUUUCUUCUUCAUUUGUUCGAGGUCAUGGAGAAGAGCAACUUCAAAGUGAUAACUAAUGAAGAAAUACAAGUAGCUCUCUCUGCUCAGUAUCGUCUCAAUCUUCCUAUUGUAGUUAAUGAAACCAAGCUUGAUACAAGGUUGUUGACAAGAUUCUUCUCCAAGUUUCCCAGCGAUGAUCUUCCUCAUUUUGCUAAUAAGUAUAUAAUAUUCAGACGUGGGUUUGGGAUAGAUCAUAUGAAAGCUUACUUCUUCCUAGCCAAAGUAAAUACAAUCCUUGUCCGUAUUUGGAAAUGUCUACUCACCAUCACAUGCUUAAAAGGACUUGUAUAUGGGAAGAAGAAUGAAACAGGGCUUUCAGAACAAAUAGAUAUUAGCAUCGAAACAGAGAAGGAUAGUUUAUACAUCGAACGAAUCCGCAUAGAGAAGCUGAAGCUCAGUCUCUCCAACUUGAUGAAAAAGAUAACCAUCCAAGAGCCCACCUUUGAGAGAAUUAUUGUAGUAUACAGGAGAGUUUCAGGGAAGAGAGAAUCAGAAAGGAACAUAUAUGUGAAACACUUCAAGAGCAUUCCUAUGGCUGAUAUGGAAAUUGUGCUUCCAGAGAAGAAAAAUCCAGGUCUUACGCCACUGGACUGGGUCAAGUUUCUUGUCUCUGCUGCCAUUGGACUGGUCACAGUGGUUAGUUCAGUGAGCCUAAAAAAAACUGACAUCAGAGUCAUUGCUGCCAUACUUAGCACGGUCGUGGCCUACUGCGUUAAAACAUAUUUCACGUUCCAGAGAAACUUGGUAGAUUAUCAGAGCCUUAUCACAAGAUCUGUGUAUGAUAAGCAGCUAGACAGUGGAAGAGGCACUCUGCUUCACCUCUGCGAUGAAGUCAUCCAACAAGAGGUUAAAGAGGUCAUUAUUUCCUUCUUCAUGCUGAUAAAGCAAGGGCGUCCCACGAGCAAGGAGGAGCUUGACAUGCAAAGUGAAGCAUUCAUCAAAGAAGAAUUCAACGAAAGUUGCAAUUUCGAUGUGGAUGAUGCUGUCAAGAAGCUUGAGAAGCUUGGACUUGUCUCUCGUGAUUCAGAAGACAAGUAUAGAUGCGUGAAUAUGAAGGAAGCAAACGAGAUAAUGGGAACAACGACGGAAGAGAUGGUACUCAAGGCAAGAAGAGGUGGUGAAUAUGAAGAUGAAGAGGCAGCAGAGACUGAGCCACGGAUGAAUCCUCAAGAUGAACUCACAGCAAAGGAAGAACGUUAUCAAUCUCAAUUAGACGAGUUCGAGACCUUGUGGUUGUAAAAAGAUUUGACGUCAUUCAAGACAAAUAAAUUUGAUAUUGUAUUAAAGAAAAAGAAAAAAAGACAUAAAGGCAGACAAAUUAAUUGAAAGGACCCAUCAACAAUGAGUCCACCACAUUUCACAUUUCACACUAAAUGAAUUCUCCCUUAAUUAUUUCAUACAUAAUUUAUAUUAAAAUGAAAAACAUAAGACUCGAUGAUGGAAAGUAUGUGUAGGUAGGUAGGCAUAUAAGAGGAGAGCGCUCUGUUCAAACAGGGACGCUGUGCAAGACGACUGUCUCUACGGUGAGACCUGGUCCGAAACCAAACAAGACACCCCACUCCAACCCUUCUCCUGUCGUGGCCACACCAUCCUCCUUGGACUUCCUCCUCAUCUCGUCCAUAAUGAAGAGAACGCACGCGCUCGACAUGUUUCCGUACUCGCUCAGCACGUGACGCGUGGCCCUCAUCUUCUCUUCCUUGAGUCCUAGCUUUAACUCAACCUGGUCCAGGAUCGCAGGACCUCCAGGGUGAGCUAUCCAAAAGAGAGAGUUCCAGUCACUUAUCCCGAGCGGUUUAAACGCUUCUUCUAGACUCUUCUCUAUGUUCUUCGAGAUGAGCCCAGGGACGUCCUUGAGGAGAUGGAAGGUGAGCCCAACUUCCCUCAAGUGUCCAUCUAUGGCUCCGUCCGAGUCUGGGAGGAUGGUCUGUGCAGCAGACACCAUCUCGAAGAUAGGCUUCUCUCCCACGGAGGCAUCAGGGUCCGCACCAACAAUGAGCGCGGCAGCACCGUCACUGAAGAGAGCCUGACCAACGAGGGAGUCGAGGUGUGUGUCAGAGGGGCCACGGAAGGUGACGGCUGUGAUCUCGGAGCAGACGACAAGGACACGAGCACCACGGUUAUUCUCAGCGAGGUCCUUGGCGAGUCGGAGGACAGUGCCGCCGGCGUAGCAACCUUGCUGGUACAUCAUGAGACGCUUGACGGAAGGGCGAAGACCGAGGAGCUUGGUGAGCUGGUAGUCAGCACCAGGCAUGUCAACUCCGGAUGUAGUGCAGAAGACGACGUGGGUGAUCUUGGACUUGGGCUGACCCCACUCCUUGAUGGCCUUCACUGCCGCCUCUUUCCCUAGCUUAGGGACCUCGACCACCACGAUGUCCUGCCUCACAUCAAGAGAAGGAGCCAUGUAGGCGCACAUGUCCGGAUUCUCCUUCAGGAACUCCUCCGUCAGGUGCAUGUGCCGUUUCCGUAUCAUCGACUUGUCGCCUAUGCGCUUGAACUUCUCCUUGAGGUCAGUCAUGUGCUCACUGUUGGUGAUGCGGAAGUAGUAGUCCGGAUACUCUGCCUGGAUCACAUGGUUCGCAGGGUUGGCCGUGCCUAUCCCCAAGAUGCCUGCGGGGCCAUCCGCUCUCUGUGCCUUUCUGAUCUCUUCCAACGACGGUUGUGUACCCAUCACCAUCUUUUACAAUUCAAGUCUUUUAGAGUUUGAUCGAUGAGUGAGAUUGUGUACUAUGCAAGUUAUGUAUAUUUGAUGGCAAGCGGAGAGUGGGAGUUUAUAUUAACGAGAGAAAGGGAGAAGAGAGAGUGUGGUAGGUUAGAUGGACGGGCAGAUGAAGCACUACGUGUCUAUGUGUUAGCUCCCUUUUAUGUGGUUCUCCUUCUUGCUUCCCUUUUAUUUCGUUACUUACCAAGAAUAUUGAAUGGUGGUUUUUUUAUUGAUUUUAC